GUGUUACUUAUUAUUAGUCGAUCAAAAUUUACUCCUCUCUAUCCUAAUCUUUCUCUCUCUCUCUAAGAUUCAAAGAAUUUUCAUGGAAGACAACGUACGAUAAUUGGAUUACCAUCAAUAUAAAUUUCCAGGGUACUAGUGAGGGAUUCAUCCGCUGUUCUUGUUCCUUAGAUUGUUCUGAUCACAAGUACUCUAUCUCAACAUGGCUCAAAAUGUUACUGCUUGUCCGAAGCCCAUGGCGGCUACCUCCACCGGAGUCUUCCAAGGAGAGAACCCUCUUGAUUUUGCUCUCCCCCUUGUCAUCGUACAAAUUAUCCUUGUUAUCGUCCUCACUCGUACCUUGGCUUUUUUGCUUAGACCUCUAAGGCAGCCUCGUGUCAUUGCUGAGAUCAUUGGAGGAGUACUUUUAGGGCCAUCUGCUUUUGGUCGUAGUGAGGCGUUCCUACAUACGAUAUUCCCUGCUAAGAGUCUGCCGGUAUUGGACACUCUUGCCAAUCUUGGCCUCAUCUUCUUUUUGUUUCUUGUUGGACUAGAAUUGGACCCAAAAGCUUUACGCCGGACAGGCAAGAAAGCCCUGAGCAUCGCUCUUGCAGGCAUCAGUUUACCCUUUGCUAUGGGCAUUGGUACAUCAUUUGUUCUUAGGGCAACCAUUUCAAAAGGCGUUAACCAAGCUCCCUUUAUUGUAUUCAUGGGAGUUGCCCUAUCAAUUACUGCCUUUCCUGUCUUAGCCCGUAUUUUAGCCGAGCUCAAGCUCCUUACCACUGAUGUGGGCCGUAUGGCCAUGUCAGCAGCUGCAGUAAACGAUGUGGCAGCCUGGAUUCUCCUUGCUUUAGCCAUUGCUCUCUCUGGCACCGGCCAAUCUCCUCUUAUUUCCUUGUGGGUAUUCUUAUGUGGUGCAGCUUUUGUUGGCUUGUGCAUUCUGAUAGUCCCGCGCAUCUUUAAAUGGAUGACUCGGCAUUGCCCGGAUGGUGAGCCGGUGGAGGAAAUUUACAUUUGUGGUACCUUAGCUGCAGUUUUGGCAGCUGGGUUUGUGACUGAUACUAUUGGAAUUCAUGCCCUUUUCGGGGCAUUUGUUCUUGGAAUUCUAGCCCCGAAAGAUGGGCCUUUAGCUGGUGCCUUGGUAGAAAAGGUUGAAGAUCUUGUGUCUGGCCUUCUCCUUCCUUUGUACUUUGCGUCAAGCGGCCUAAAAACAAAUGUAGCCACCAUUCAAGGGGCUCAGUCCUGGGGGCUUCUACUUCUUGUUAUACUAACUGCCUGUUUUGGCAAGGUUGUUGGAACUGUUGUGGUUUCUCGCCUCUGUAAAAUACCUCUCAGUGAGUCUGUUGCUCUUGGGGUUCUAAUGAACAGCAAAGGUUUGGUGGAGCUGAUUGUCUUGAAUAUUGGUAAAGAUCGAAAGGUGCUAAAUGAUCAAACUUUUGCAAUUAUGGUUUUGAUGGCCUUAGUCACCACGUUCAUGACAACACCAAUCGUGAUGGCGGUGUAUAAACCAGCUAAAAGAGGACGCGCAUAUAAAUUAAGGACAGUCCAACGAAAGGACCCCAGUGCUCAACUCCGAGUCAUGGCAUGCUUCCACAGUGGAAGGAGCAUACCAACGAUGAUCAACUUAAUUGAAGCUUCCCGAGGAACAGAGAAGAAGCAAGGGCUUGCAGUCUAUGCAAUGCAUCUCAUGGAGCUCUCAGAGAGGUCUUCUGCAAUUCGUAUGGUCCAUAAAGCCCGAAACAAUGGGCUUCCGUUCUGGAAUAAGGGGAUGCAGUCAGAUUCGGACCAAGUUGUGGUUGCCUUUGAGGCGUAUGGGCAGCUUAGCCAGGUCCAAAUCAGACCCAUGACAGCAAUCUCCCACUUCUCUGACAUGCAUGAAGACAUAUGUGCUAGUGCUGAGAGCAAAAGAGCUGCCCUCAUCAUCCUCCCUUUCCACAAACACCAGAAGUUUGAUGGGUCAUUAGAAACAACUAGACAUGAAUACAGAGUUAUCAACAAGAAAGUCCUUCAACACACUCCUUGCUCAGUUGGUAUUUUAGUAGACCGGGGUCUUGGUGGUUCCUCCCAAGUUUCAGCCAGCAAUGUCGACUCUACCAUCACCAUAUUAUUUUUCGGUGGGCCAGAUGAUCGCGAGGCAUUAGCCUUUGGUGAACGGAUGUCUGAGCAUCCAGGGAUCACCCUAGUUGUAGUCCACUUCAAAGCUGAUCCGAACAUGGAAGGAGGUGAAAUGGUGGCUAUUGAUGUGAGUGAUAGUAGUACAGGUAAAGACUCCAAGGCAGCUGAUGAGGAGGUUAUUGAUGUUAUUAAACAAAAGGUGUCAAAAGAUGGUUCUAUUAAGUACGAGGAAAGAGUAGUGAAAGGAAGUUCUGAUACUUCUAAUGUAAUUAAAGAAUUUAGCCGUUGUAAUCUGGUUUUGGUGGGCAGAUCACCUGAAGGUAUGGCGGCUACUAAUUUUGGACUUAAUGUAAAGACCGAGUACCCGGAAUUAGGCCCUAUUGGUGGGUUGUUGGUCUCACAGGAGGUUUCAACAAAUGCUUCUGUUUUAGUGAUUCAUCAGUUCAGUGGUGGUUCGAGGCCGAUGUCGUUAGAGGAAGAAGAAGCAACUGAUGGCGCUGAAACUGAUUAGUUUGAUUUACUAUCACAUUUUUCUUCUGCUCAGUGUUUUCCUUUGAAUACAGGAAAGGAGAUAUCUAUAUACAUAAAUCAAGUAGAUUUUAGUCUUCUCCAAAGCAGUUAGAUUGACAUCUAUAUAACUUUAAUGAUAUUUCUGUACUAGAAUUAAACAAGUCACUGAGCUGAAGUGAAAAGCUUGGGCUUUACACAAGCUGUAGAAGUAAAUAUGUGGCAAAGAUUGUAUCAGCUUGUGGUAGUAUAUUACUACAUGCAUUUUUUUGCUUAAGCUUUUAUAAUUUUGUAUAUUCUAUAAUUCUAUCUAUA